AUUGUGCACUGUGAUAGCCAUCAUGGCGGACAUGCAUGCGGAGCCUCAAAACAAACUGCACCAAGAGUCGAGUUAGCCCGCCUGACGGAUUGCGAGAGAUUAAGUGCUCAGUUCGGGUCAGUGGAACCCGAUCUGCCAACGGAAUGGAGGAGGAAACUAAACUCCAAUUCCCGUCGUUGCCUGCUACUCAGGAGGAGCUUUUGGAUUGGGCUUACCCUAUGAGACGUGAAAUGCAGGAAAUAUUGCCUGGAUUGUAUUUAGGUCCCUACUCUGCUGCAAUGAAAAGCAAGCUGCCAAUUCUCGAGCGACAGGGCAUCACGCAUAUCGUGUGUGUUCGUCAAGACAUCGAGGCCAAUUUCAUUAAACCCAAUUUCCCUCAUUUAUUUAGAUACCUUGUUUUAGAUAUUGCUGACAAUCCAGUGGAAAACAUCAUCCGAUUUUUCCCUUCGACAAAAGAGUUUAUUGAUAGCUGCUUAGACACAGGAGGGAAGGUGCUGGUUCAUGGUAAUGCAGGGAUCUCCAGAAGUGCUGCCUUAGUAAUCGCCUACCUAAUGGAAACGUUUGGAAUAAAAUACAGGGACGCGUUCAGUCACAUCCAGGAGAGAAGAUUCUGCAUCAACCCAAAUAUUGGCUUCGUGCAUCAACUACAGGAGUAUGAAGCCAUUUACUUGGCCAAACUCACCAUCAAGAUGAUGUCGCCGAUGCAGCUGGAAAGAUCCUUCACCUUCCAGACAGAUGUGACAGCAAGUCGCAAGCGCAGCCUGGAGGAAGACGACGACUUUGGGCCAAUGGAAGUGAUGGCCGCCCAGAACAGAUGAGCUUUUGCACUGGUUUUUAUACCUUCAUGGGAGAAAUGUCAAUAUGUGGACUCUUUUCUAAAGUGGAAGAGUGAGACGUCCGACGACAACAACGACCUGGAGUGAAGAACUUUCCUUUCCCUCCUGAGCUUGAUGCACUGACGGGAGACUUUUUUGGCAGUUUUGUAGUGUUUGAAGCGUUUUUGCAUUUGCAGCAAGACAGAAUUGCAAUAAUGCUUUUUCUAUACUUGAAUAUCCGUCUGCGACCUGAAGAGGGCGCCAGGUGGAAGGGCAAGCGGCCUUUAACAUUGGAGACUUAAGACUAACAGCAGACCUCAUGUUGAUGGUGAGGAGCAUUAACAAGAGAAUAAACAUGAGUCUGAAGGAGUCUGUGAUUUGUCAGUGUGUGGAGGUCGCUCAGCAGGGCUCCAGUUGGCGCUCAAGAGGUCCGGUCUUCCACGGACAUGGUGAUCCUGGUGAGCUCCAGUCCUCCGUGUGACUGAACGUGUAGGAUAGUUCACCACUGUCUUUGAGAAGCAUUCAGAGGGGCUGAUCUUAAGCUGGCCACCGCAUGGAUCUCAACAGGAAGUGGUAUUAUAUCAAUCACUUGUGAAUUCGUCGGCAGGGAUGAGGAUCAGCACCUCCAGAGAGUCCGAAACCUGUCCUUGUCUUCAGAGGAGCAGAGAUGUCUUGUUCACACAGGACACACUUCAGGAUGAGAAGGCUCGGGCAGAAAACUUGGGUGGUCCAUUUAACACUUUUGCAGAAAGGUCUCGGGAGCAUUUAAAAAUUAGAGCGCCAUCUUUUGAAUUGCAGAAGCAAAAGCUGAACUAAUACUGUUGGAAACAACAGUUUCUUGAGGGCCCACGCGCUACAAUAAUGACUGCGAGGAACUGUCAAGAACAGACUUAAUAUUAUGGGAGGAAU